AGCUGAGCCCCCGGCCCCGCGGUCUCUGGGUUGACUCUCCCUGGGAGAGUCGUUGUCCGCUCGCGGACCAGCGCGGUUAGCAGAGCUUGGUGUUCCGACCGGCCUCCUUCCCUCCCUCCUGAUUUUUUUCUACGGGCCUCUCCUCCUUAGGGGCGCGUCGGAGAGGCGGAGGCCCCCGGACUCGGCCAGAGGAAUCUAGGGGCCCACCCCGUCUCUGAGCUCGGAUGGGAGGUGGCGGGGGAGCGACCUGGGAUGUUCAGUCUGAUGGCCAAUUGUUGUAGCUGGUUCAAGCGGUGGCGGGAGCCUGUCAGAAAGGUGACUCUUGUGAUGGUGGGACUCGAUAAUGCUGGUAAAACAGCAACGGCAAAGGGAAUCCAAGGAGAGUGCCCUGAAGAUGUAGCUCCUACUGUUGGAUUUUCCAAAAUUGACCUUAGACAAGGAAAGUUUGAAGUUACUAUCUUUGAUUUGGGAGGAGGAAAAAGAAUUCGGGGAAUCUGGAAGAAUUAUUAUGCAGAGUCCUAUGGAGUGAUAUUUGUUGUGGAUUCCAGUGAUGAAGAGAGAAUGGAAGAGACAAAAGAGACAAUGUCAGAAGUACUAAGACAUCCUAGGAUAUCAGGAAAGCCUGUAUUGGUGUUGGCAAAUAAACAAGACAAGGAAGGGGCUUUAGGAGAAGCUGAUGUGAUUGAAUGUCUGUCUCUUGAAAAAUUGGUCAAUGAGCACAAGUGCCUAUGCCAAAUAGAACCUUGUUCAGCAAUCUUGGGAUAUGGAAAGAAAAUUGACAAGUCCAUUAAGAAGGGUCUUUAUUGGUUACUACAUAUUAUUGCAAGAGACUUUGAGGCUUUAAAUGAGCGCAUCCAGAAAGAUACAAUAGAACAGCGUGCUCUUGAGGAACAAGAGAAACGAGAAAGGGCUGAACGAGUGCGAAAAUUGCAAGAAGAAAGAAAACAAAAAGAAGGAGAGGAAGCUGAACUCGAUGGAACUGGUGAUCUGGCUGAGUUGGACCCAGAACCAAUGAAUCCUUUUCGGCCGAUAGCAUCUGUAAUCAUUGAGAAUGAAAAAAAACUUGAAAAAGAGAAAAAGAAGCAAACUAUGGAGAAAGUCAGUGAUGAUUGCAACCCGAAACAUAACACGGAGCAUGAUGAAAUAGAGACUCAGAGCCAGAUUAAUGACAAUGGCCAAAAAAGUAACAAAUUUGGACUAGUGGAAAAUUAUAAGGAGGCAUUAACACAGCAGUUGGAGAAUGAAGAUGACACCGAUCAGCGAUCAUCAGAAUCAGAUAGUGGUAAAAAGAAAACUAGGAAACUAAGAAUGAAAAGGAGUCACCGGGUAGAACCAGUGAAUACAGAUGACUCUGCUCCUAAGAGUCCAACACCACCCCCACCUGCUCUUCCAAUUGGCUGGGGAACCCCCAAAGUCACUAGACUUCCAAAACUUGAGCCUCUUGGUGAAACACGUCAUAAUGAUUUCUACGGAAAGCCACUGCCUCCCCUGGCUGUGCGUCAGAGACCCAACAGUGAUGCUCACGAUGUGAUCUCAUAGCCACAUCAUGUCGAUAAGCUCUCUUACUAUCAGCAAGGUGAACUGGGACAUUCUUUUUUCUCAAAAGAAGAAAAACCCUGAACAUUGAUGACUGAGGCAAGAUAAGCAUAGCAAUUUUCAGAGGACAUUAAUAGUUAAGUAUCUCACUUGAUAAUUACUUAUCCAUGUUCUUUAUAGUUAAAAAAGAAAGCCAGCAAAAUGAUCAGUAGAUGGGAUGAGCAUUUGGACCAAGUUAGAAAGAUUUAGUGCUGACUCUCUGAUGUACACAUCCCCACUCAUGAACAUGUUCUUGAAGGCAGACUUCAGAGAAAGAGCCAAUGGACUCUGCACAUUUUCUUCACCAUUUGUUUUAAUAAUCUGUAUUUCUAUAUAUUAAACUUUUUUUUUUUUUUUGUAAAAUACAUGCACAUAGAAGGGGAACUUCUGGGGAUUUAUAACCUAAAUUUUUUAACUAUUUUUAUAUUUUUCUAAAACUUUUGAGAAUUUUAUUUACUAUGAUAUUGAUUGUGCACUUUUCUAUCGAUGCUUUGUUUAAAUUGUAUCUGGAAAAUACAGUUGAUUCAUUUGAUGGCUGUGAACUAUACAAAUAGGAUGUACACGUAUGGCUUGAGAUAUGUUUUGUAAUAACAUUGUUCUUGAAGCAUAUGCCCUAAGUUGUCCUAAUUUAAUACCUUUUUUAAAACAGUAGAUUCUCAGAUCUUUAUUCUACCAAAUUACGCGAUUUGAAAGGGGUAUCAAGGAGAAGGUUCAUUGUUAUUUGUUUUCUUUGGUGAUGACCUCGAUAAAUGAAAGAGACUUUUGAAAUACCAUUUUUACCUAAAUGUUUUUUAAAUUAAUCAAAAUAUAUUCUAUGGCAGUGGU